AUGGCUGAUAGGGGAUAUAUAUGUGUUCAAAGUGACAAUACUGAGUAUGAGGUUGAUAAAUCACCCAUUGACACCGGUAAUACCCGGUGUCGGCCGAAAACAGACGAAAACAACAACAACACAGAUGUCAACAACAACGAAAACGACAACACAGAUAUCAACAACAACGAAAACCACAUCACAGAUGUCAACAACAACGAAAACCACAUCACAGAUGUCAACAUCAACGAAAACCACAUCACAGAUGUCAACAACAACGAAAACCACACCACAGAUGUCAACAACAACGAAAACCACAUCACAGAUGUCAACAACAACGAAAACGACAACACAGAUGUCAACAACAACGAAAACCACAUCACAGAUGUCAACACCUACACCAUAGACGAUGAAGCCGACGUGCGUGUUGCACCAGCCACCCACACUGUGCAUGAAGUUUACAAAGAGAAAGAAGACUGGGAGAAAAACCUGAUGAAGUGGAACGAAAGAAGGAGAGUGGUUGAGAUCAGUGUUCUGAGCGAAUUCCUUGAGAAAGGAUGCCAUGCAUGUGGUUGGAUGCUGAAGUUGUCCAACACAUUUCAGGAACGGCAUUAUGGCCCCGGGAGUCUGCUCUACAUAAAGUGUGCUCAAGAAACAUGUGGGACCAUAACAACGAUCCCUACAGGAAAGAGGCAUGGGAAGUAUCGUUACAGUUGA